GGGGCAAUUUGGACAUUUGAAAUAGAGAAUUAUAUCCAGGUGGUUUUGAGAGGGAGACCCGUUCUUUGAUUCGACGAAGAAAGCGCAGAUGGAAGCACCACCGCCGUGCCUCUAAGCUGACGCAUUGCCCGGCGUUACCAUUUUCUGCCUUCUCUCCAAUCACGCGCCGCCACCUGUCCCCGCUUUCUCCCUCUUCACGUUUUACUAAACCUCAAUACCUAUAAAGAGGCGUUACGUACCUAAUCACGCACAUCAUCUCUCAAAACACUGCUACACAAAGAACAAACCCUAGUUUUAUUCGUUUGAUUGCAGUUGCAUACCAGUCUCAGUUUGUAUUUCUGAUACCAAUAAUUUUAAUGGAUCAAAGGGACGUGGAGAUGGAGGACACAGAGAAGCUUUUAGAAGAUGAAGCAGUGGGUGAUCAAGAAUGUGUGGGAAAGGACCAGCUUGAUGUAAAAGAAGCAGGAGGCAAAGAAGAAGAGGGUGGUCAAGAACGUGUGGAAAAGGACCAGCUUCGUGUAAAAGAAGCCGGAGGCAAAGAAGAAGAGGGUGGUCAAGAAUGUGUGGAAAAGGACCAACUUGGUGUAAAAGAAGCAGGAGGCAAAGAAGAAGAGUCUUCUGGUUUAGUAUAUGCCGACUUUCAAAACCCAGAUGAAAUUGGGGUAGAGCAAGAAAAGGUAAGUAAGAAAGACGAAGAGGAUAGGCACCCUGACGAAAGUGAGCAGGAAUUGCCUGUGGAAGAAACUCAGGAUAGUGAGAAAGAUACUACAGCAAAGGGUGAUGAUAAGAUCGAUGACAGCAAGAAAGAUGCUACUGCUAUGGGUGAUGACCAUGGUAUACUAGACGAAGCUGACCAUUAUGCUUCUAUAAAGAUGUCAGAGAAUCACAAUGAAGGAGAUUAUACUGGGGAUGAAAAACAUCAAGAGCUUGCCACACCCAACUCCCUUGUGAAAUAUUCACCUAGCCAAGCUAAGGAUCAUAGUGCAGAGACACCGAAGAAUGAGCUAGAGGACACAAAGAUGGACGAGGGCUAUGAAUCUGGAACACCAGACGAGCAAGAAACAUUCAUGAAAGAGGUUGAGGCCUUCUAUAAAGAGAAAAGCUUGGAAUUUAAACCUCCAAAGUUUUAUGGACAACCAUUAAAUUGCCUGAAGUUAUGGAGGUCUGUUAUCAAAUUGGGUGGAUAUGACCGGGUUACUGGAUCCAAAGUGUGGCGGCAAGUAGGAGAAUCUUUCCAUCCACCCAAGACUUGCACAACCGUCUCGUGGACAUUCCGUCAGUUCUAUGAAAAGGCACUUCUCGAAUACGAAAGGCAUAAGGUCCAUAAUGGUGAGAUUGAACUCCCUCUUGCAACCAUCUUCCCAGAGGCCCCUACUGUUGAAAUUGAGGCAAAUGGUCAUCAGACCCCAGGAUCAGGUAGGGCACGUAGGGAUGCUGCAGCUCGAGCCAUGCAGGGCUGGCACGCCCAACGUCUUUUCGGUUUUGGUGAGGAAAAGAAUGCCAACAAUUCACAGAAGCGCGAAAAAAGUCUGAAAAGUAUUGGGUCACUUAAACAAAAGAGACCAAGUGAAGUGGAGAAUUCUGUGAAAGCUGUACGAACAGAAACAUCUAGGCAAGUUGUCACCACAGUUGCUGAUGUGGGUCCUCCUGCUAAUUGGGUGAAAAUAAACGUGAGAGAAACGAAAGAUGCCUUUGAGGUGUAUGCUCUUGUUCCAGGGCUUCUGCGCGAAGAGGUACGUGUUCAAUCCGAUCCUGCUGGACGUUUAGUCAUCACAGGUCAACCUGAGCAACUUGACAACCCAUGGGGUAUUGCAGCUUUCAAAAAGGUGAUCAGCUUACCAGCAAGAAUCGACCCGCUUCGUACAUCAGCAAUUGUGAGCCUACAUGGUCGGCUUUUGGUUCGGGUGCCUUUCGAGCAGUCAAACAUCUAAAGGGGCAGAUCAUUAGGACAUGAAAGUGAGAGCAAUGGUAGCAGCAGGCAAAUAUGUAGCGUUAAUUAUGAUUGAUUGAUAGAAAAAACGAUUUGCAGAGUGUUGUUGAGAUUUUCACCAAAGUAACUUCCAUUUGUAGGACUAGUCAAACUUUUCACUAGAGUUUUGUUGGCUCCCUUUGUGUUUUCUGCUUCUAUAUUCCAAUGAAGUGUUAUGUGUAUGCCCACAACCACUUCUUUGCCACAGGUGUUGGAUGUUUAUGGAAGCAACCCUCCUACUUUUUCAUUUUAAAGUAAAUGUCAAGUCUGUUUACAUCUU